UAACAAUCAGUUGUUGUUGUACAAAAAAAACCCACAUAAACAGCUUCUAGGGUCAGUUAAACAAAAAAAGAUCGUUUCACUCGCACCGAGCUUCUAGCGACCAUAAAUGUAGUAACAAUGACGAUAACAAGCCGUAUGUAGCACGAUAAAGCGCAUAGAAUAAGAUCAUACGGUGUGAAGCGUGUGGAUGUAGCGGUGCGACAGUGAAAGCGCCUUCAUAUCAACGCUCAUAUCAUCCACUCUGAGAUCGUCGGGUCGUCCUGGCUGUUUGUUUUUGACACAAGAGGCAUUGGUGUGUGUUUUUAUCGUGGAAAAGAAGUGAAAAAGAGCGAGAGGGAGAGAGAGUGGGAGAGAGAGUAAAGAGAGCGGAUCAGUGCAGGCUGCAGGCCCGAGUGAACGCUGCUACAUGAACAUGGCCAACAUCGCUGUGCAGAGAAUCAAACGGGAAUUUAAAGAAGUUCUCAAAAGCGAAGAGACGAGUAAAAACCAGAUUAAGGUGGACCUGGUGGAUGAAAACUUCACAGAGUUAAAAGGGGAGAUUGCAGGACCUCCAGACACACCGUAUGAAGGUGGCAGGUAUCAGUUAGAAAUCAAGAUCCCAGAGACGUAUCCAUUCAAUCCACCAAAGGUGCGGUUUAUUACAAAGAUCUGGCAUCCCAAUAUAAGUUCGGUUACUGGGGCAAUAUGUUUGGACAUCCUGAAAGACCAGUGGGCUGCAGCGAUGACUCUACGUACAGUCUUGCUCUCGCUACAGGCUUUACUAGCUGCAGCCGAGCCCGACGACCCUCAGGAUGCUGUAGUAGCCAAUCAGUAUAAACAGAAUCCCGAGAUGUUCAAACAGACCGCUCGGCUGUGGUCCCACGUGUACGCCGGCGCUCCCGUCUCUAGUCCUGAAUACACACGCAAAAUAGACAAACUCUGUGCCAUGGGCUUCGACAAGAACGCCGUAAUAGUAGCUUUGUCUUCAAAGUCAUGGGACGUGGAGACGGCGACAGAACUUUUGCUCAGCAACUGAGACGUCACUCGUCAUCUUUAGGCCACGAUUUCGCAAUCCACUUUUUUUUUUUUUAAUUUUUUUUAUAUAAAUAAAACAUGAAAGCAUGUGUUGAUCAGCUCAAAAGAAAUGUAAAAGAAUAAGACUGGCUGGUUUGAUCCGGGUUUUAACCUCCAUGUUUGGUUCCCAGCGCUAAUGCAAGUUAUUCACCAGCUAGAGCCAAACUAAGAGGCUGAUGACGAUGGACGGAUUUUGCCCCUGCCGCCGUACGAUUCUAGCGGCCUUUUUAAAAACCCAUACGACGCUUCCUUCUGCUCUUCCUCCUCCUUUCUCUCAUGAUUUCUACAAAGAACCAAAUGAAGGGGAAGCCUGUGAGACUGGCGUGAGACACACCGCUGCCUGCUCGAGUGUGUAAAUAGGUAUGUUAACGAUGUGUGUACAUUCAGCAUAAAGAAGAAAGGAGUGCUAGUUUUUCUAACUGUACAUUGAAGAAUGGAGAGAAAAAAAAAUCUACAUUUCAUGGAUUUAUUCAGAAGACUUUUCAGGAUUUAAACAGCCUUCGACAUUUUCAGAGAACUAAAAGAUUUCCUCCACGGGUCUGAUGACGGGGUGAUACGGAUUAAAACAGUAAGAACAUUUCUGUUCUGAAUUUUGUUUAUUUUUUUUAGUUGUUGGUUGAACAUUUUUCCAAGUCUCCAAACCGGAAGAAUAAAAAUGAAGGUGAAAUUUUGUUUUUUAAUUUAUUUAACCGUUAUUCAAUCAACGUUCCCUGUAACGAUCUACAAUCGUGUUGACACUUUUUUCCCCUGGUUUGCUGAUCUAAAUCCAUCUUGGACGUGUUGACCCGAUUUUCCUUUAUGGAAUGAAAUCAGUCUUGUCUUCAAAAUCCUUGCGCCAAGAAACGCAAAAGUAACUCGCGCCUUAAGACUGACUUUUGACUGGAAGCUAUUUUAUGUUCCUGAAUGCUUCAGAAGCCAGAUUAAAAAAAAUAAAAAAAAAAGAUUACUUCUAAUUCUAAAUAAUCAGACACACGCUUUUCAAUCAGCAGGCUGGGGGGUCAGUAGGUACUCAAUAGGUCCAUUGCAACAGUUAUCAGGAUAUUUUUAGAGGUCAGAGAAAGAGAUUAGCUACACGCUGAAUGUGCCGCAGUGGAAUGUCACAUUAAAUAAAACAGGAUCAACACACCUUGCAAAGCUGGGGGAAAGAAAAAACAAAACAAAAAAAACCACACCUGUACCAUUUCCUCUUCACUUGUACAUAAAGCCAUGUCCCUUUCUUUAAGUAUUAGCCAUCGUCUCAGUGCACCGCUGAUGGCUUGAUUUCUGUUUUGUAGGAAAACAAACAAACAAA